AUGGCUGAAACGCCGUUGCACUUCAGAACGAUUACCGAGGUCGCGGAAGCGAUCGCCUCAAAACAGGUGUCGCCUGUGGAGAUUGCGGCUGCGAUGUUGCAGCGCAUCGACGAACUUGAUGGGCGAUUGAAGAGUUACGCCACAGUGAUGGCGGAUUCCGCUAUGGCUGCCGCACAGAAAGCCGCACAGGAAAUUGAUGCCGGAAUGUCCCGCGGUCCCCUGCACGGUGUGCCGAUUGCAGUAAAGGAUCUCUGCUUUACGAAAGGUGUCCGUACGAUGGGCGCGGCGAAAGUGCUCGCGGAUCACGUCCCAUCGUUUGAUGGCACUGUUAUCGCAAAACUCAAAUCGGCUGGGGCGAUAUUGCUUGGCAAACUCAACCUGACUGAAGGCGCGAUGGGAGGCUACAAUCCUGAAUUCGACAUCCCCAAAAAUCCGUGGAAUCCCGACCGUUGGACAGGCUCAUCGUCGAGCGGUUCUGGGGUCGCGACAGCAGCGGGACUGUGCUUGGGUUCACUCGGCAGCGACACAGGCGGUUCAAUCCGUUUUCCUUCAGCGGCAUGCGGAAUUGUCGGUCUGAAACCAACGUGGGGGAGAGUCAGCCGCUACGGUGUGCUCGCGCUUGCCGAAUCAAUGGAUCAUGUCGGUCCAAUGACGCGAAGUGUCGCUGAUGCGGGGAUUAUGCUUGAGGCGAUUGCUGGGUUCGAUCCGAACGACCCCACCUCUCUGCUGAAUCCUGUCCCCAAUAUGCUUGAGGGAAUAGGGCAGGGCAUCGCAGGUGUUCGUAUCGGGUUUGACGAGAACUAUGCGACAAACGACAUUGACAUUGAACUUGCCGAAGCGGUACGUGCUGGCGUGGAAGUCCUCGCGACCCAAGGUGCUGAAAUCGUUGACGUACAACUGCCGGAUGUGGAUGAAUAUGUUUCCGCAUGGCCCACAUUGUGCUCAACAGAGGCGGUGUUAGCGCAUGCAGCCACCUAUCCUUCCCAACGAGACGAUUACGGUCCUUGGUUUCAAGGGUGGCUUGAUAUGGGCGCGCAGGUAAGCGGUGCUGAUUAUGCGAAAGCGAACAAUUUGAGAGCCGCCUGUACAGGGCACCUCAGAAGGGUGUUUGAGGGGAUUGAUGUACUGGUUUGUCCGUCAAUGUCUGCACCGCCGCAUGUCGUCACGCCAGAAAUGUUAUACGGAGCGUACGGAGCCCGGGAUCUGAAGUUCCAACGGUUCACCGUGCCGUUUGACUACAACGGUGCACCCGACGCUAUCUGUGCCGUGCGGCAUGAACAGCGAAGGGCUACCGUUGAGCAUUCAGUUUGUCGGAAAACACUUGACAGAACCGUUAUUGUGUCGGGUUGGACACGCUUAUGA